GUGGAAACACCUUUGUUACACUACGCAAUUUGUCGCUUCAACAUCACGUGUUUUAAAAAAAUGAUAAGAAAAAAAAAUGCUGGAAAAGGCCAAAGGAAAACAACCAAAAGAAUAUUAGAUAGCCAAAGAAAAACUGUUUUUUUUUUUCAGAGUUUACCAUUUUGUGAUGUGAAAAGAGCUCUUCGUACUGAGUGAAACACAGGAAUUAUAAGAAAAUCCACGUUUUUAAUUGGUCACUAUAUGGGUCGAAAUUAUCAUAAUUCCAGCUUUGAUGACUUCUUCUUCGUAUGGCUGUUUUUCCUUCCACAUAUGUUAGGAAAGCGAGAAGCAUGACUAUUCUUGCUGCUAUACCUUUCAUCCUUGCACUCGAUAUUGUGCGCUGUUUGAAGUGUUUUCACUGUAUGAGUACCAGCAGCUGGGAAGAAUGUGGUGGAAGUCAAAAGGUACAGGACUGCCCAGCACAUUACACUCGCUGCCUCAACGCAACAAUUAUUCUGCCGCCGUCUAAUGGCGCCGAAAUCAAACAGUACAUCAGAGGGUGCAAUAUGAAGAAAAUAUGCGACAGACCGGAGCGGGCUACUGAAGAGUGCAAGAACCUGACAAGCGACUCUCCUCGAGGCGAAAACAUUACAUGUGACGCGACUUGUUGCACGGUAGACCUGUGUAACGAGUCUGCAGUAAUGACGACCAGCUCUAUCAUGCUGUUCGCAUGCAUAACAUGGGUGUUGGCUCGUUAAGUUAAGUUUGAAGAGAAUAUUUCAGAAUUACGGGAUAAAUAUUUCGAAAGAGGAUCAUUGCAGUUACUUAAAGGAAGUGUAAAAAUAUAGUCUACGGAAAAAUUAAAAAGUCCACUUUUAAGUAUUGUCAGGACACAGUAACAACAAGAUACAAUCUUCUAUGUUUCUGAUUACCCUAAGGCCAUCGAGAAGUAAAUGUCUUUUAUUGUAUUUUUUAUCACAAUGUUCCGGCCUAGCCACCUUCGGGUGUAAUUUAAGAGUCUUAGUUCACAAUUGUUUUUCGUUUACGAAACAUGGAGCUAGGCUCAUACUGAGUGGGGCUCCCACGAAUAUCGAAAUAGGGCAGUUGUUUAAAAUAGAGCGUUUUUGAUAAUGAAUUGAAGUAAACAUUACUUUGAAAA